UUUGAAAGGAUCUCGUGAAAUAAAAGUGCAGAAGACAAACCCGGGCGAUCACAGCAGCAGCCGCCGCGGCAGCAGCAACCGGAGAAGGAGGAGAAGGAGGAGGCGGCGGAGGAGGAGGAGGCAAAGUUGGAGUCGGGGCCGGCGCUCGCCAGUCGCUGGACUCUGCGCAGCUCCCAUUCAUUAAGUCACCAGCCGCGGAGGAAGGUGGCCGGGCGCCCGCGCUGCCCGCUCGCUCGCGCACACAGACGCGCGCCAGCCCAGCGCGUCCCGAGCAAGCGCGGCUCUGCAGAAGUUUAGAAGUUUCUGCUCGGGAUUUGGCUCUCUUCCCCGUGGACUUUCGAGCGAGGCGAGCAGAGGCGCGCAGGGGGAGCAGAAAGCGCCGUCUGCAGCUGGAAGCAGGCAGCCGGGGCUGCAUUCUCCUCGCCGCGCCCGGAGCCCGGGCCGACCCGCCGCUCUGUAGAGCAGCCUGGGCCAGGAGGCGACCGUAGCGCCUGGGUGUGUGGCUCGGCUGUCGCGCGGGGCGUCUUCGCGGGGCGGGAGGCUCGCGCCGCUGCCAGCGCCAUGCAAAGCUACAAAUACGACAAGGCGAUCGUCCCGGAGAGCAAGAACGGCGGCAGCCCGGCGCUCAACAACAACCCGCGGAAGAGCGGCAGCAAGCGGGCGCUGCUCAUCUGCCUCGACCUCUUCUGCCUCUUCAUGGCGAGCCUGCCCUUCCUUAUCAUCGAGACGAGCACCAUCAAGCCGUACCACCGAGGGUUUUACUGUAACGACGACAGCAUCAAGUACCCGCCGAAAACCGGGGAGACAAUAAACGACGCUGUGCUCUGCGCUGUGGGGAUCGUCAUCGCCAUCCUCGCGAUCAUCACGGGCGAAUUCUACCGGAUCUAUUACCUGAAGGAGAAGUCCCGGUCGACGAUUCAGAAUCCCUACGUGGCAGCCCUCUAUAAGCAAGUGGGUUGCUUCCUCUUUGGCUGUGCCAUCAGCCAGUCUUUCACAGACAUCGCCAAAGUGUCCAUCGGCCGCCUGCGUCCUCACUUCUUGAGUGUCUGCAACCCUGAUUUCAACCUGAUCAACUGCUCCGAUGGCUACAUUCAAAACUACAAAUGCAGGGGCGAUGACAGCAAGGUCCAGGAGGCCAGGAAGUCCUUCUUCUCUGGCCACGCCUCCUUCUCCAUGUACACUAUGCUAUAUUUGGUGCUCUACCUGCAGGCCCGCUUCACCUGGCGAGGUGCCCGCCUGCUCCGGCCCCUCCUGCAGUUCACUUUGAUCAUGAUGGCCUUCUACACGGGACUGUCCCGCGUGUCGGACCACAAGCACCAUCCCAGCGAUGUCCUGGCAGGAUUUGCCCAAGGAGCCCUGGUGGCCUGCUGUGUGGUUUUCUUCGUGUCUGAUCUCUUCAAGACUAAGACCACGCUCUCCCUGCCUGCUCCUGCCAUCAGGAAGGAGAUCCUUUCCCCUGUGGACAUUAUCGACAGGAACAACCACCACAACAUGGUGUAGGCGCCGCCUUAGUGAAGUGACUGCUGACAGCAAGCUCUUGCUGCUCUCCAAUCUCAUCAGACAGUAGAAUGUAGGGAAAAACUUUUGCCCGACCGAUGUU